ACCGAACUGUCUUUCAUUGUUGUCUUUCUGUGCUUCGACUCUGUCAUACUCCAAAAUGCGCCUACAUCCAACACUUGCACUAUUAGCAGUGUUAAAUGUAGCAAGUGCGCUCCAUUUUUACUUUGAAUCACACGAGAAGCGAUGUUUCUUGGAAGAGCUGCCUUCAGAUACUAUCGUUGAGGGCCAUUAUCGCGCCCUGGUCUGGAAUGAGGAGAGGAAAGAAUGGGGAGGAAAGGAAGGCAUGGGUAUUCAAGUGGAAGUGCAGGAACUCGCCUCAGGUCACAACGUUGUCAAUACCCGUGGACCACCUGAAGGCAAAUUCACGUUCACGUCGCAUGAUUCGGGCGAUCAUGAGAUUUGCCUACAUAGCAAUGUAUCGAGUGGGAGCUGGAUAGGUGGAUCAGAACACAUCAAGAUGUACUUGGACAUCAAUGUGGGAAGCUCAAAGAAGGAUAUGAGCGACGACGUCUCCCACGUCACGACUCUCGCUACGAAGAUCAGGGACCUCAACACCAAAGUCAAAGAGAUCCAAUUGGAACAAAAGUACAUGCGCGAAGUCGAAGCUACCUUCCGGGACGCAAGUGAGAAAACCAACAGUCGAGCCGUUUGGUGGAGCAUCAUUCAGAUUGUUGUCUUGGUGGGAGCGGCUUUCGGGCAAAUGAGGUAUCUAAGGACAUACUUUGAAGAUAAGAAACUACGGUGAUCUUGCGCCCCUAUGCCUAUGCAUAUGCAAUAA